AUGUGGGGGGAACGUAAAGAAGUCUUCAAGCAGUACCUGAGUGAGGCGUCUGAGGCGAGUUGGGAAAAGUACAGAGCCAAGAGAGAUCAGGUGAAGGGACUAGUGACAAAGAAGAAAAAGUGUAUUUGGGACAAAGUAGUACAGAAGGCCAACGGAGGCCUGGAGGGGAACGUCAAGCAGAUGUGGGAAGGGAUUAUUGGAAGGGUGAAAAAAACCGCGCAAGGGGGGGAUACAGGAGUAGCAACUUUGCGAGGUGUGAACGGUGGAUUAGUCAGCAGUGGGAAGGGAAAAAGGGAAGUUCUAGCAGGACACUACAAGAGACUUGGAGUGCCCUCGGAGAAUGAAGCUUUUGACCAAGCGUUUAAGAAGGAGGUGGACGCAUGGGCCCAAAAAGAAGAAGAGACAUCGAAGGCAGACGUUGGGAACGUAGAACUAGAAAAGGAGUUCACUGAGGACGAGGUUGAGGCGUGUGUGAACAAGCUGAAGUGCCACAAAGCAGCAGGAGCGGAUGGGAUAGUCAACGAGUUCAUGAAGUUUGGGGGGAAGGGGAUGAUCCAGCUGAUGGUACUGCUAUACAAUUGGGUGUGGAAAAACGAGUAUACGCCAAGUAGAUGGAGGGAAGGAGUGGUUGUGAACUUGUUCAAGAAAGGAGACAAGACUGACCCAGGAAACUGCACGGGGAUCACACUGUUGAACACAGUAAGGAAAGUGUUCUGUAAGCUGCUGAACGAUAGGAUAGUGGGAGUAUUGGAGAAGGAACAUAGCA